GAGGCCUUUGUUAAUGAGCUGGUCGACUACUUUCGCAAUCGUUAUCCCGAUCUGGUGGAUGGCGGUGCGGCUGUCUGUCCUCGCGGCCCCACCCUGGUCUCCACCAUGGAGUCCAAUGUCUUCCUGCCGCCUGACCUGCGAAGAC